UCCCUACCUUCUCAUUUCAUUUGCAUACAUCGUGUCAGUGAAAAUUUAUAUUGUUAAUACGAAAUUUGUGAUUCUGCUGUGAUAUUCAUAAAUCUGCUGCUAUAAUCGUUGACAGUGUGUUGAGUUCAGUGUGAAAACAUAGACAGAUCUGUCAAAUUUGUGCAAGACGCUGCGCCAUUUCAUGCUACAAUUGUUAUGUAAAUAAGUAUAAUGUUCAAUAUAGUGUUUAAUUGAUAUGAAAAUAAGUAUAAUGUACACGAGUUGGUGACGUUAAAAUGCGAUCGGCGACAUGACUUGAGUUAACAAUUGCCGUAAAGUUAAUAUACCCGUAAGUGAGCUUGUACCGGUCACAACAGUCACAGGUCGACGAUGAUAAUCGCCGAUAAUAACAUGCACCAGAAAACACAUGCAACGAUCUCAUCGUUGAAUUUAAUCGAGCAGCAAAAUGCCAUCGCGAGAAAUAUUAAUGCUUGGGCGACCUCAACGACGAACACAGCACGACUCGCUGGUGAAUAAUACUAGAUACAAAAAGCAGCAGCAGCAGCUCGAUAAUUCGAGAUCAACGUCGACGUUCACCACAACGACGACGACAAAAAAGACACGAAGAAGACUCACAGUGCUACAAAAAUGCCGAGACCGUCGAGAGACACGUACGGCGAUCAGAAGCCGCCGUACUCGUAUAUCUCGCUCACAGCAAUGGCCAUCUGGUCGUCCAAAGACAAAAUGCUACCGCUCGCGGAGAUUUACAAGUUCAUCGCUGACAGAUUUCCUUAUUACAGAAAGGACACGAGGCGAUGGCAAAACUCCCUGAGGCAUAAUUUGUCCUUCAACGAUUGUUUUAUCAAGGUUCCACGAGGGCCGCAUCGACCGGGCAAAGGUGCCUACUGGGCGCUUCAUCCGGCGGCCCUGUCCAUGUUCGAAAACGGCAGCUUGCUGCGCCGUCGAAAGCGCUUCAAGCUCCACAAACCCGACAAGGAGCUACUGAAGACGGAGCUGCAAGCUCUGGCGCAGACGAUACCGCCACCUCGGCCGGAGAUCGGCUUGGCCAGUCCGUUGGGCGCCACGGAGCACGCCUCGCUGCCCCCGUCGCGCGGCUCCACCUCCGGCAUGGGUGGACUGAACUCGGCGAAUCUGCACCGGUUGCGCGAGGAUCUCAUGCGCUGGGAGAUGCAGGAGCGCGGAAUGAUGCUCGCGGCGGCCGCGGCGGCCUCCACGUCUUUCUCGACGUCGCCGGACUGCGCGUCCAACUAUUACCACUUGCUCAAUCCGGAGGCCCGUCAGCGCCUGGUCGAGGCCGAGCAGCCCAUGGAGACGGCGGCUCUUCUGCAGAACGCCGCCGCAGCUGCAGCCGCGUGGAACUUUUCCUCUUUCGGGGCAGCGACGGGCGCCUACUUGAGCAGUGGUGGCUCCCCCUACUCGUCGAGCAGCGAAACGGCUGUGGCGGCACUGAAUUAUCGCGACAGUGGCGCUUUUUACGCGCGAGAGAGGCUCGGCAGUUCCGAGGACGAGGCGAAUCAGUCACUGCCGCCGGGUUACCCUCUCGUGCUCGAGGCCCCAACCGCCGCGACCACGACGAUGAUAAGCCAUCAGGCUUGCAGCACUGCCGGUCUAUUGGCCAAGCAGAUUCGAAAGAGAACAAAGAAACCCUUUACAAUCGAAAAUAUUAUCGCGCCCGAUGAUGUGCAGCAGCAGCAGGAGGAUCAUCAGCAUCAUGUCACUCACAGCCAUCAACACCAGCACCAUAGCAGUGCCAACAAGAGGCACGACAUUGAGGAGAAGAAAAUCCAGCUCCUGUCGAUGCCACGACCGAUUUACGCAUCCGCCGCGGGCUUCGGACUUCAAGCGGGUCUAAGCGAUGGCGUUCACCAAAGGCCCAAUUAUGGGACUGCUACCUAGAGUUUGCGUAUUUAUGUAUAUUGUUUAUCACGUAAAAUGGAUACUUGGCGACGAUACGCUUAUUACGUAACGCUUUGGCUUAGCAUGUGUUUCCUCUUUGAGAAUUUGAUUUAAUUUUUUUACCGGCGAUCGGUAAUUUAAUUCAUCGCGAAGUAGAAAUGCUGUGUAAAUGACGAGUAAUAUAAUUUAGGGCGUGAAUGAUUCUUACAUGUUUACGAACUAUCCUAAUUUGUACAAAGGUGACCAGACACGUUGAUUAUACAUAUUUAUGUUAGUUUGUUGUCCGAUGAAGAUUUUUUAAGUAACCCAAACUGUACAUUGUUUUACAUUGUGAUUCAAUCCGUAACUGCAUAUUCGAAAAAAUAUCGAGGGCUGAAUUCUCGCUGAAGCUUUUUUCUUUAAAUGAUUCCAGUAACAUACGCACUCGUAUACCUACGAUAUUAUCUUACGAGUGAACAAAAUUUUUAAAUGAAUUUUAGCAAAUGAGAUAUUUCAGCCUCGUUUUCGAUCAAUUAUGAUCGCUGUACGAAGAUAUUUAUAUAUAUUUGAAAAAUAUAAAGUUUGCUGUGAUGAAAAUUGAUCGACGAGAUCUCGCUUGUAGCCCAUACACUUAGGUGACACCGAGUAAUUUUUAAAUUGAAUACAUUUUUCUCGUUUCAAAAUUCAUUGUAAAAUAUCACGAAAUUUACGUGAUUUGUACUAUCGACUUUGUGAUUAGAAUUCUCAGAAUAGAUUUUGUAGCAUAAAAUCGUAAGAUCCUAAAAUAUCGUUGACUUUGAAUGAAAAUAUAAAAUGAAUUGAAAACUGAGCGUUAAAUAAUAGCCCCGGCAUAUUUCAAAAUAGUUACUAUGUUGUCAAAAGCGGAUAAGGCAUUGCAAAUAAUUUUGCAUCAUGUAUACCGUUGCUGCAAGCGUGUUCGUGAAUAAUAUCGCUCGCGACCUUUUUACCUUUCCUCCCUUCCUCCCGACGAAACCGUAUUAAGUAUUUGUAAAUGUAGUACGAUAGUUGAUAACAAGAAACUACAA